AUGCAUCGAUUGAUUGAAUUUAUUUGUCUAUUGAUUAAUAAUGAUAGAACAUCCAAUACAUUCAAUGAAACAGCUCGUUGGUCUUUAAUACAAAAUUUGAGAUAUUUUCAAUGGCGUGUCCCAUCAAUUUGGUGUACUAUUAAUGAACAUGGCAAACAACUACUCAAUCAUCCAUUCAAAGCUGUGCGAGAACGUAUUGCUCAUGUACUGGCAAUAUCGUUCAGUUUCGAUGUAACAUUGUUUAAUGGAAGAUCGACACGUCAUCCCGAUUUCAAUCAAUUUAUCGACACUAUAUGUGAACAAUUACGUCAAGUCAUUGAAAUUUAUGAAAAGACACCUCGAAUCAACAUCUUUGAUCAAAAUCUUGAGCGUCAUGACGAAACACGUAAAGCGUUCAAUUUCAUUGAAACAGUGGUUCAGUUUCAUACAAAUUUGUUCCUAUGGUGUGAACAACCAGUGAAAAAUGCAAUCAUUCGUAUUUUUCCUUAUCUGUGUGAAAUUGAAAGUAUUGCAGCUAAUGAUGAAGGUUUCAAAAAUUAUUUGGCAAUCAGUCGACAUCAUCUCGGUAUGGCCUAUUUACAUGCCAAUUUUUUGGAAGCACUCAUUCAACAAUUAGAACAAGUGUGUACAAGUCCAAAGUGGAAUGCACGUCGAGCAGCUAUUCAAUUCGCUCAAAGUAUGAUCUUCUGGAAUUUAUUCAAUGCUCGUCCAUAUGCUCAACGAUUACAUGUACUUGUACUUAAAUGUCUAUUCGAUGAACAGCUCGAAAUACGAUUAGUCGCAUCAAUGACUCUAUCAGGUUUCUAUCAAUGUAACUACAUUCAAGUAACUCCUGAAGAUUUGGUAGGGCGACUUUUUUUUAUUUUUUUUCUUGCUUAA